GUACACAUCAUUCGUGACCCCUGACCUCUGACGUUUGACACCAGCAUGCUGGCUGAAACCACACAGAUGCACUGAAUCGCGUUUACUUUUUUUUUUUAAUACUUGAAUUUUCGCAAUCGAUUAUUGGAGAGCAAAGCUGCCUGUGUUUGCUAAAUGCAUCCCAAACCACAUUACUUCACCAACCCGCCAUUCCCUGGUCUCUCAUGCACCGCACGUGUAAGCAACGCGACUGAACGCAGCCUGACCCACUUUUUUUUUUUUUUUCCCCCGUUGGCUGUCAUUGGACGCAAGUUCGACAACUCUCCUGUCGAGAAAAUGCCCGACACUGACAGCGCGAACUGCCUGGUACCCUGACCCACGAUGGACGAUGUAGGUCGCUGUGGCAUUAUCUGGAGAUUUUGAUGCAUCAUGUCUUCAGAAUGUGAACCUCCUCACCAGGGUGCAGACCUGGAACAGUUUGAGACCAACACUGGUGUCGCCUCUCCUGUUCCAGCAACCCAGCUUCUAGAGCAGGACGUUGACAUUCAAGGAAGAGGAAGUUUGAUUGUACAGAGCCUAGAAUUGGCCAGGGGUGUGGGAGUUGCUGAGGCAUCUAUUCAUGACACUCUCCUGGAUGAAAAGCCUGUUGUAUUUCCUGUUUUUCAGGAAAACUCAAAUUUUCAUUGCCUGCACCAGGAUAAGGGCAAUGAAGCUGCAAGACAAGGUCUUACACAAGGUCCUCACUCCAAGGAAGGACAGCUGCGUGAACUGUUAGUGAUGGGUUUUUCAGAAAUCCAUGAACCAGCAAAAGAGACAAACACCUCAACAGUGAAUGCAACUCAUGAACAGUUCUCAGUCACCGCCCACAACAGUAUACCCAACAGUAUGUACUCAUCACAAGAAGAGUGUUCCAUGCCUGUUGACCUCCAUACUGAAGGUCCUGCUGCAAUGAUGGCUGCUGUGGCAAUCAAAAUGGAAGAAAAUGAGCUCCCUCGACCCAAGAAGAUCAGACACAAAAAGCGGGUGAACGGAAAGAAUGUGUGCCUAGUGUGCGGAGACAAAGCUCUGGCUCACAAUUUUGGAGUUAUCACCUGUGAGUCCUGCAAAGCAUUCUUCAGGCGUAAUGCUCUGAAGCUUCAGAGCGUGCAGAAGUGCAUGUUUCACAACAGGUGUGUCAUCGACAAGAACACGCGCCGCUUCUGCCCUUCAUGCCGCCUGAAGAAGUGCUUUGACAUCGGAAUGAAAGCUGACCUGAUCCUCGACGAGGAGGAGCGGCGCCUGCGGCAAGAAAAGAAAAACCUGCGGAUCAAGCGCCAGGCUGCCAGCAGCAGCACCUCAGCGGACGGGGAGACCCCCGGCGACGUGCAGGUGGGAUCUUCUAGCAGACCUGGCGUGGCAGAGCUCAGCGACAACUCGUCCACCCUCAGUCCGGACAGCGCAGGCAGCCUGGCCUUCUCACCCAGCAGCCGCACCCCCUCCGCCUCGGUCUCCUUCCACCAGGUUUCCCCUCUCCCCUCCAUCCACACGCUGCGCGAGUCUGUUGAGAGCCCUCAGGCUGCCGCCCUCGGGCAAGCCUCGCCCAUGUACUCCCAGCCUCCGACGUACGCCAUCCCGUCUCCAGCCACUGCGGGUCCAUCCUUGUCCGACCCAUCGUCAUUGAAAGGGGUCAUGGCGGACUGGGCGGCCGCCCUCCCCUCCUUGCUGCCGCAGUCCCUGGUGUCCAGCAGCGUCGGCCAGCAAUCGCCGUUGCAUUUAGCCCGCAGGGUUCUGUCGAAGGCGUUGAGCAUCACGACCAGUCCUGCAGAGGCUGCACCCUCGCAGAGACAAGACGGCGAAGUGAGGGAGGAGAAGCGGCUGGACGACCUUCCGUUUCCACUGCCGGGUCCGGCGGCGCGUCUGUUCCACCACGUGGCGUUGGACCAGCUGCCUUCCGAUCCCUUCAUGUACUGGCUGGUGUCAUCGGAGGAGCGGCUGGUGCUGGCCAACCUGACGACGGCGUAUCAGGACGUGUUGCUGACGCUGUCGGAGCGCGGCUUGUACCGCAACGUGCCGCUGUGCGACACCUACUUCCUGCACGACUUCCUGAACGAGAUCGACGACGCCAUGUACCGCAUCGUGCAGUUCUCCAAACACAUCGCCGACUUCCGCCUGGUAGGCAAGGAGGACCAGAUCGCCAUGUUGAAGGCCUCGGCUAUGCAGACUUUGGGCAUCGCCUGCUGCGCCGUCUACGUCAGCGAGCGCGACUGCUGGCUGAGCCUGCGUGGUGACCUGACCUUGACCCACCUACGGACCUUGACCAACGACGAUCCGUACAUCCAGACGGGCGUGGAGUACUGCCGCUCGGUCAAGUCGCUGGCCAAGAACGACUUCACCAUCUACGCACUCAUCCACUGCAUGAUCCUCUUCGACCCGCGCGACGCCAAGAUCGUGGACCGACAGCUGAUCAACCAGACGCGCGACAAGUACGUCAUCAUGCUCAAGCACUACCUGGAGUCUCAGUACUCCUACCUUUUUGCUGACGAGUACUUCGUGGCCAUCCAGGAGCGCGUGCGGGAGAUGUGCCACCUGGCCCAGAGCGGCAACGCCUUCUACAAGCGCUACUCCUCUGCUUUCCAGCCGCUGAUUGCCGAGAUGCUGAGCGCCACCUGAAGGACCCCCUUCCACAAGGAGGGGUUGGAGCAAGAAGGGUUGUAGUUAGGGUAAUGUGCCCAUUCGAGGCCGUACCUUUCCCCUUUGGCAUCCCGCCUCCCUCCAUCUAUCCCUUCCUCAGGUAUUCUUUUGUACUACCUCCUUAGUCAUCUUUGUCAGACCGAUUUUUACUACCAGCUCCCCGCCACCAGGAGACAUUCGUGAUUAUCAUCUGCCACGCAAGUCGUCCUCGUUAUCAUUAUCAUCAGCUGUAUUCAUAAAACCCGGUCUUGGUCCAACUACCUUUCAUUUUUGAGUACAUGUAAUUGAUCUUCAUGUUGACUGCUGUAGCAAUCAAGCAACACAUUUCACGCCUGAGAUUUUUCGUAGCAAGCUCGGUGAUUUUCUUAAGGUUCAGCCCUUCGCCACCUUCUGUUUUACUAUAAUGAUUAUUUUUUUACAUUUGAUCACAGGAGAACGACAGGAAAUUUGAUUUUCCAGAUUCCUUGUAAUUUCUUCUUAUUCAGCUAGUCAUUGAAUGAGAGGUUUCCCCCGUUAUGUGCAAUUUCGCCAUGGUAUGUCAUCUUUCCUUGACAUAUUUCUCGCUCAUAUCUCUUAUCUGAUGGUCCUGGCACCCAUUAUCCACCACCACCCCCUCCCCCGACAUCUGUAGGUGCUGUCUCAUCGCGUGCGUGAUCAGCGUCAUCGUGUCUGAUAGUCACGUGACCAUUGCAUUUCUGUCUUGUCAGCAAGUCAUUGUAUUGCUUCCUUUCAUGACUGCUUCUUUCACGUCCUCCAUUCCUGCCAUUAUACUCUUUCAAUCAGUCUUACGUCUAUAAAUGGGACCCAAGGUAGGUCCUCGUUUAAAUGUAUGCUAGGGAACAGAUUUCUUUCCACUAAUGGCUGGGUAAAGCCCCCAAUAUUAAAAAAAACUUCAGAAUCAAAAGCUUUAUUGCCAGACGAACUCUAUACUCAGAUGUUCCUGGCGACAUUCGCAGGGUGCCUUUACUACUAGCCUGUUUUUUCUGGUCACGUGGUUUUACGUCAGCGCGUGCCUUAAUUAAAAGCCAGUCCCUAGGGAAUGUCUUCACAUUCCACCGAAACCUGGAUAAGGCGUGUCCCACUGCUCAAAUAAAACGAGAAGAUAUUGCCAAACAGUGGCAUGAAUUUUUAAAGUUAACGCCCACUACAGGCUGAGGAAUGGAAACUGCUGAAGGCAAUGUAUAGUAGCGGACGAGUGUCGGAAGUCACAGCUUUCAGCAAACCAAAAGAUUACAGGAGUUGGGCUACCAUGAAGCUCAAUGAUUUUUUUUCAACCGAGAUGUUAGUUCCUUGAUGUCGGCAGCAUUUUUCCAAGCGCAAAAAAAAAAAAAAAAAAAAAAUGAGAGCCCAAUUUAUGGGCAUCAGAAGUAUGGAAUCACUUUUGAAACUUUUUAAUUUUUUCCCAAAGUAACCUUUAUUUGGAUUUUGGGAAGUACAUGAAAGGUGUUAUUGUUGUGAUGUUCAUUGUAUUGUCGGUGAUGCUGACGGUCUGUCAUAGAUGUUUGAUAUGCAUCGUGGUCUCUCUUUGACACUAGAAUGCUGAAGUCUAGGUGAAAGUGUUUGUAAGAAGACUUUUUAAUAGAAAGACUGUGAUUUGUAUAUUUGUUAAAGAGUUUUAGUAGAUACACAUUUUCCUCCUAUAUCUCGGUGCCACAUUAUUUGCUUUUGUUGUUCGUGACAAGGGGUGGGGUUAUUCUUACGUGUAUUGUUUGAGAAAUGUGGACGGUGAAAAUUAUUCGAGACUUUUUUCCCAAGAGCAUAUAUAUAUAUAAAACUUUAAGCUAGUUGUCAUUUCUUUGCCUCGGUAAUAGUUUAAACUGCUUAGUCUCUCACACAGAACAGAGUGUAGGUACACUCAAUACCGUUCCGAGGGCUCGUGGGUCAUGGAGUUGAAACACCACUUACACCAGUGAAGCACACAGCUGACAGUCCUCGAUGACAACCUACAUCACUAUCUUCGCUGGUGUUAGAGUAGGAGGGAUGUGGGGCCAGCUGCUUUCUGUUAUCUUUGUUGGUUUUUUUAUCCGUUUUCCGCCCAUAUGGGUUAAAAUGUUGAUAAUGUGUACCUGUGAUUGUGGUCUUAUUGCCUUAAUCUGUUAGUUUCGACAAUCCACAAGUGAUUUUAACUGCUGAGAGAAUUUCACAGCUGAAUUGUUACUGUAGGAAUGUUUGUAUGCGUGAUCAUAAACCCAGUGAAAGGAAGUAAUAUAUUACCCACACGAAAUAUUUUAUUGUCAUACGAUAACCAUGUUGCCAUGUUUACUAAUUGCUGUUAAUGAAAAUAGAAACGAUUUUUGUAUAAUCUUGUACAGUAAUUGCUUAACAGAUUUAUAGGACAUGUAUGACGCAUAUAAAAGGCAAGGACUAUCUUUACUAUUCGGUUUGUUUUGACCUCAAGUGUUAACUGAUAAGACUGUUAUAAAAUGAAUAUCUUAUUGUUGACAGACUGGAAGAACAUGUUUGUAUUAUGGUUGUGUUCGUCUUUAUCACGACGCACGUGUUACUGUCGUUACCACUUUCAUCGCCAUCGUGUCGCCUUUGUUGCUUUGUACACAACCAGUAAAAUGAAAGACUUACUA